ACCUGUUUCCCAUCACUGGAAUUCGUUUGACCUUGAUCUUACCUCUGUUGACAAGACACCAUGUCUCAAGAUAAUUUUCUCUUCCAAGACAUCUUUGACAUUAAGGAUAUUGAUCCCAAUGGCAAGCGAUUCGACAGAGUCGCUCGUCUCAUUGCUCGUUCAGAAAACUACGAAAUGGAUCUGACGUUAGACUUUAACUCGGAAUUGUAUCCUUUGGAAAUCGCUGACAAAUUUUCGCUUGUGUUGGCGUCGUCAUUAUCUUUGGAACCCGUCACCAAUGCCGGUGGUGUGGAGAAGCGUGAAAGCUGGCGUAAGCGUGCUCCCGGUGAGCGCGAUCUCAGUGAUGAAUAUGAAUAUGUCAUGUUUGGCAAGGUAUACCGAUACGAAGACACAGCAAGCGGUACGGGUGCAACCACUGUAGCGGCUGGUCAACGCGUGUCGGUCUAUAUAUCCUACGGUGGAUUGUUGAUGUGCCUCGAGGGCGAUUAUAGACAUUUACAGAAUAUCACUGUAGGUGAAAAUGUAUAUUUGUUAAUGAGAAAAUAGAAAAAAUACAAACAGCAUGGUGAAAAAGGGAUGACACAGAGGAAAAAUGCGCAGUGGAGCAUGUGCUGGAACU